GGCGAAACCCGCCACUGCAUCCAUGGAGAGACUUUCCCUCCGCGGUUCCACUGCGGCGGAAUCUUGAAUCCGGGGAAUGAAAGGGCUGGUCGAUCUGGAGGAAUGAAGCCUCAAGGGAUCUCCGGGCGUGGGAUUCGUUACUCUAACGGAUUCUGAGGCCCGUGGCGACUCCUGUGUGUGAAAUUCUUGCAUGAGUCGUGCUUUGGUGGGAGAUCUAUUGUCAUAUAUAUCACCAGUCAGACCCCAGGUUGACUCCAUCAACAACAUCAACUCUUUUACUAAACACGAUCCAUCAAAAGUCUUUUUCAUUGCGAACAAAAUAUAAUCACAAUGGCACCAGCAGCAGUUGACGCACCCCCCGCCACUCCCGUCUUCUCUAAGCGGGACGGCCACGCCCUCGAGGACCUGUCCGACGCCAUCGACGACGUCAACGUCCUCAAGGACACCCUGAAGAAGCAGCAAGCCGCUGAGAAGAAACAACAAGAGGAGAAGGGUCUCUACGAACAAUCCGAGUUCGACCAGGACAAGGACAAGACCCAGUUCCGCCAAUACGAAGACGCCUGUGACCGGGUCAAGAACUUCUACAAGGAACAACACACCAAGCAAACAGUGGCCUACAACCUCAAAGCUCGCAACAUGUUCCACUCCAAGACCCGCGCCGAAAUGACCAUCUGGGAAGCCAUGGAGAAACUCAACACCCUCAUCGACGAGUCCGACCCAGACACCAGCCUCUCCCAGAUCGAGCACCUCCUCCAGUCCGCAGAAGCCAUCCGCCGCGACGGCAAGCCCCGCUGGAUGCAGCUGACCGGCCUCAUCCACGACCUGGGCAAGUUGCUUUACUUUUUCGACGCACAGGGCCAGUGGGAUGUCGUUGGUGACACAUUCCCCGUCGGUCUUGGUUUCGACGACCGCAUCAUCUACGGCUCCGAGUCCUUCAAGGACAACCCGGACUACUACGACCCCAUAUACAGCUCCAAGUUCGGUAUCUACACCCCCGGCUGCGGGCUGGACAAUGUCAUGCUCUCGUGGGGUCACGAUGAGUACCUCUACCACGUUGCCAAGGAGCAGUCUGUCCUGCCCGCUGAGGCGCUCGCCAUGAUCCGCUACCACUCGUUCUACCCCUGGCACAACACUGGUGCGUACUACGAGCUCAUGGACGACCAUGACAAGGAUAUGCUUCGCGCUGUCAAGGCAUUUAACCCGUAUGACCUUUACAGCAAGAGCGAUGGCAUUCCCAGUGUGGAGGAGCUGAAGCCCUACUACAUGGAGCUCAUCAACGAGUACUUCCCCACGAAGGUUCUCAAGUGGUAGAUGCUUGGUUUGGAAUCGUUUUUGUAUAGGGAUGGCUUUUGUUUUUUGUUCAGAUUACCGUUACUGUUCACGGUUUCUUUCUGCAUGAUAUAAGCGAUGAUUUACGAGUUUUCAAUGAAUGAUUUCCAUGAUUCUUUUAUUUCCUGUACUCCAUGGAGUACCAUUGUAGACAGUGUAGAUUGAUUAAGAUUAUCUUAAGUUUGAC